UCCCUCCACCCCCCUUCCUCGUCACCCGCCAUUCUCUCUCCUCUUUCUCUCUCUCUCUCUCUCUAGCAACAAAAAAAACCCUAUGGAGCUCCACAACCCUAGCCAUGGCGCCGAGCUCCUCGACCAUAGCAAUGGCGAUGGCGGGGGCGGGGGCGGGGGUGGGAUUGAAGACGUCGACAGCUCCUGCUCCACCCCCUACGUGAGCGCCCCCUCGAGCCCCGGACGCUGCGGCGCCUCCGCGGGGUGGUUCUACAGCGCCCCCGCGAGCCCCAUGCACUUUGUCCUCUCCUCCCAACCCUACUCCGCCGCCGCGGGCGGCGGCGGCGGCGGCGGAGGUGACGACGCCGACUUCGAAUUCGCGGCGAGGUUCGCGUCCCCCGGGGUCGAGCCCCCCGGAUCGAUGAUCUCCGCCGAUGAGAUCUUCCUCAACGGCCAGAUCCGCCCGAUGAAGCUCUCUUCGCAUCUCCAGCGCCCUCAACGCCUCGCCCCGCUCCUCGAUAUCGACGCGGAGGAGGAGGAGGACGACCCCCUCGACAGCGCGUCUUCGGCGGAGGGGGCGAGAGGGCGGGAUCUGAGGUUGCGCAGCGGAUCCGUCCAUCGGAGGGCCCGAUCCAUGUCGCCGCUCCGAAACCCUAGCUUCCACUGGCACGAAGACGAAGAAGCCGAAGGCGACGGCCGGCCGAAGGUUGCGGAAGCGGAUUCGGAUCAGAAGCGCGACGAGGGGGCGACUCCCUCCGCCUCCUCGCGCUCCUCGUCGUCGUCGUCGUCGUCCUCCUCCUCCUCCCGAAGCUCGAAGCGGUGGAUCUUCCUCAAGGACCUCCUCUACCGCAGCAAGAGCGAGGGGCGAGAUCGGGGCCCUGCGAAGGAUAGGUUCUGGAGCUCCAUCUCCUUCUCCCCCUCGUCCAAAGAGAGGUCGAAACCUUCAAAUCCUCCGCCGAGGCCGAGGGCCGCCGCCGCCGCCGCGGAGCCAAAGAGGACGCCGAGGGCAGCGGCGGCGGCGGCGGCGGCGGCGGGGAAGAGGGCGUCGGCGCACGAGCGCCACUACGCGGCGAACCGGGCGCACGCGGAGGAGAUGCGUCGGCGCACAUUCUUGCCCUAUCGCCAGGGACUCUUCGGAUGCCUAGGGUUUUCCUCCCGGGGCUACGGCGCCUUCCACGGCCUCGCCAAAACCCUAAAUCCCGUCUCCUCCAGGUAACGGAGCGCGGCCCCCCUUAUACUGCAGUACUUGUAUCAUCCAGUGAAAUUGUGGUCUUGUAUAGUUUUUUCUCUCUCUAUCCACUUUAAUUGCUGUUCUAUCUAUUGAUCUGUUGUCAAUGUUGGAAAUUUGUAGCUUUUUUUUUUUUUUUUGGGUGACAAAAAAAAUUAGUAAUUGCGUGCGUGUUGUGUGAUUCUUGUUGACAACCCUAGUGUCAGUUUCUUAUCUUGUUAAUUUGCUGAUAAAUAAAUUAAUUAAAACAAGGUAAAAAGUGUAAAGGGAUCCGUGGACUUUUGAAAUAA